AUGUCUACCACCGAUUCUCAUGCUCACUCCCAUAUUAAUCCCAAGCAAUGUCUUCUCUGCAAUGCCGCGGCUGGUGCUGCUGCAGGAGCAAUUGCUGCUACAUUUGUGUGUCCUUUAGAUGUUAUCAAAACUAGGUUUCAGGUUCAUGGUCUGCCAAAGUUUGAUGUUGCUAAUAGUAGUGCUAAAGGGAGUCUUAUAGUUGGUAGUUUGGAACAAAUAUUCCAGAGGGAGGGGCUGCGUGGUAUGUACCGGGGGCUUGCUCCAACUGUGCUAGCAUUGCUUCCUAAUUGGGCUGUUUAUUUUACGAUAUAUGAACAGUUCAAAAGCUUUCUUUGUUCCAAUGAUGAAGGUUAUCCUCUUUCAAUAGGUGCUAAUAUGAUAGCUGCUUCUGGUGCUGGAGCAGCAACAACUAUUUUCACAAAUCCUCUUUGGGUUGUAAAGACAAGACUUCAAACUCAAGGAAUGAGAGCAGGUGUUGUUCCAUAUAGGAGUAUGCUGUCUGCUUUGAGAAGAAUAGCUCACGAGGAAGGGAUCCGUGGGUUGUACAGUGGUCUUGUGCCUGCAUUGGCUGGGGUCAGUCAUGUUGCCAUCCAAUUUCCAACAUAUGAGAAGAUCAAAAUGUACUUGGCCACCCGAGAUAAUACCACUAUGGAUAAACUAGGUGCACGUGAUGUUGCUGUUGCGUCAUCAGUAUCCAAAAUAUUCGCUUCGACAUUGACAUAUCCUCAUGAGGUAGUACGCUCAAGGCUUCAAGAACAAGGCUUCCACUCAGAAAGGCGUUACUCUGGUGUGGUUGAUUGCAUAAAGAAAGUAUUUCAACAAGAGGGUCUCCCUGGAUUUUAUCGUGGGUGUGCCACCAACCUUAUUAGAACAACCCCAGCUGCUGUUAUCACGUUCACCAGCUUUGAGAUGAUUCACAGAUUUCUCGUUACCCUUUUUCCUCCUGAUCCACAGCCUCACACAUUGUGA